AUGGGGAUUGGCUGCGUUUACACAAUUCUGAUCUUUAAACCACUAAUUGUUUGUUUGACCAAUCACAUCAGAUAUUUUCACAAAAUAUAUUUUUCACAGAUCAGAUUGUUCAAAAGACCAAUUAGUGUGGAAAAAAUAUCAGAAUUGGGCUGCCUGUUUAAACGCAGCCUUAGUUACGUAUUGGAUUGAGAAGUCUGGGCGCACGCACGAGAUUCACGACAGAUAGAGACUCAUACCACAUCGAAAUAGUUCAUUUCCCUUCUCGGAUUUUGACAGCAGGACUGGUACAAUAGGAUUUUUUAAAGCAGCUCAGUGAGGUGUUGCCGUUGAAGAUAUUCCACUUUUGGUGUAGGGUCUGAGCCAUUGCACCAGCCUUGUUUUUUUUGUCUUCAAGACGUCCAUUUUCUGAAUACAAAGAAUGACACCGAUUUGAAAAACAAUACAGAGGCCUGAUCUGAAGGGGCGUGUCAUUAGCAAGUAAAACCAAGACCCGGGGGCAAAGAAGAAACCCAAGGAAACGAAUUAUGACUUACAACAACAGAGAACUGGUGGUAUACUAUAUUACCUAUAAACUAUCACAGAGAGACUACCCCUUCAACCACAUUGGGCUCACAGAAGCUCCCAGUCGGACUGAGGGGGGUGAAGGGGGACAGGUGGAAGGGGGGGCGGCAGUCACGACACACCCCAACGGCACAGUGAACGGGACGAGUCCUGGGACUCCACCGCGACAGUCUACCCCCUCGUCCCCUCAGCGGACAAUGGGCCUGGACGCAGUGAAAGAGGCAUUGCGGGACUCUGCCAACGAGUUUGAGCUGCGUUAUGCCAGAGCAUUCAGUGACCUGUCCUCCCAGCUGCACAUCACGCCGGCCACAGCCUACCAGAGCUUCGAGAACGUGAUGGAUGAGGUUUUCCGUGACGGUGUGAACUGGGGACGUGUGGUGGGCCUGUUUGCCUUCGGAGGGGCCCUCUGUGUAGAGUGUGUGGACAAGGAGAUGAGCCCACUAGUGGGACGGAUUGCAGACUGGAUGACUGUAUACCUGGACAACCACAUUCAGCCCUGGAUCCAGAGCCAAGGAGGAUGGGACCGGUUUGCAGAGAUCUUUGGGAAGGACGCUGCAGCUGAGAGCAGGAAGUCUCAGGAGAGCUUUAAGAAGUGGUUGCUGGCGGGGAUGACACUGGUUACAGGAGUCAUCGUAGGGUCACUCAUUGCUCAGAAACGCCUGUGAGAACGACAAGCACAGACGCCGUCUUGUAGGGGGUGGAAAUGAAGGAACUUUUUUUACUUUCGUAUUUCUCCUUUAUUUGCCAAGAAAGGACAUGUUUACGGUUUAACCUUACAUCCCACAAUGCACUGAGGUCUCUCUGACAAACUGUUGAGAUUAAAGAGAGAAUGAUGGUCACUAUAAUGUUACCCUCAUCAAACACCUUCCUGCAACACCCUAAAACACAAGAAAAUGGAGGUGAUUUAACUGUCUUGGACCAAAUGUUCCUCAGUUUCCUUUUUACUCUUGCCUGUAUCUUCUCCAAUUGCUGUAUUCAUUUGAUUUUACAAAUUUACUUUCAUUUUGCAUGAUGUGCUCCAUCUAUAGCAAGUCUGUGCUGAUGGGGCUAGUAAAUCCCAUCUGAGGUUUGUCUUGUUGAUGGUCUCUAACCCCCACCAGUAUGAUGGUCGCCAUCUGGACUGACAGAAGGAAAAACUUGCCACCUGUAAAAGGGGGGGGAAAUAGCACUGAAAAUCAACAUCUGUCCACCUCAGUGUAGUUUUGACAUGGCUGCUUUGUAGAUGCAGUGCACUCCAAACAACCUAGCCAGAAGACAGCCAAUAUCACACUCACUAGCUCAAUAUGUUGUUAAUUGUAAAUGUUGUUUUUUUUCAUCUAAGUUGUAUGUGAGUGGUUAAGUGUAAAAGUGAUUGAGACAGUUUUCGAUCUUGACUAGUGCACCACGUCAGGCGCAUUGGCCUGAAAUGAGUGAGGUGAUACAAUUUUCCACGUGUGUUCAUUGGUUUGUGUGUUAUUUUUUUAAACCAUUAAAACCCAAGUGAUAAUUUCCUGUCCUGAUGGUGGUAAAUGCGUACCUGACACACACACCGCCCUGGCUAGACAGAACACAAGGUGCACAACAAACCAAGAGCCAGUGAUGAAGAGGAGUAUUUAUUCUAGCAGCUGUUGGUACAAAGGCUGUUUUCUUUUUAUAAUGGAGGAAAAGAUUGUUCAGUAUUUACAACUUGCAACACAACCUAAUGAUUUGUUUCACUAAUAAGAUAGAUGAAUGAAGCAGAAACGCUAUUUAGUGGGUUAACAGAUCCUUUAGACUAACGUGCGUAUAGCUCUUGAGACAUGAGAAACUGUUGGCAGGCAAGCUUCAGGGCGGGACCCAUUCAACCUGCCACCUCUGUCUCCGUGCGUUCGUUUCCACACAAUGUGGCACAUUCAUUUCUGUUCUCCCUGUCACGGCAGCUGAGGGCGUGCGUCACUCAACACAGGCGCACCUGCUGUUCAGAGCACAUCUCCUGUCAAACCUAGUCGACAGAGACGGAGGAAAACCAUUCCUUAGUUUCCAAAAUCUUUAAUUUAAAUACUGUCAGUCAGGAGGGUGUUUGUCAUCUGGCGAUUUUAUGGUGUCACGCUCCUGAGCUGACAGUUAGGUGAGGAGAGAGGCGAGAUGGGUGCAAUCCAUCUACUCACAUUCUAACCUAUCUCUGCUUCAGGGAAUGGAGCCCUAGGGGGUCUUGUGUAGCAGGUACAGUUAAAAACACAGUCCAGACUUACAUCAGCCAGAGGCUCCUGUUUGCAGCUGUUUCCUGUUUCAAAGCUGGAUUGAUGCUCUCACACUUGCAGUGGUUUUUUCCCACAUUUUAUUUGAAAAGUGUAGCAGAGCUAUGUUUGGACUGAAGGCAUAACUUUUUUUCCUAUAUUUUUAUGUCAAAGCUCUGAGUUUGUUUAUUCAGCCCACGUUUUCUAUGCAUUUCCUGCAAAAUGUUGGUGACAUAACAGAUUUAAAAGUACAUGUCACAUGUCUGCUUUUCUCUAUUGGCAAUGAAUAACUUUGGUUUCAUUAGGAAACAGACAAAGCCUGACGUACAGUGCUCUCCAGGGUAUUUACGUGAGUCUGCUGAUGUGGAGCAUGUGUUCAGGUAUGCCAUCACCCUGCUUAGGGUCUUGAUGCUCUUCUCUACCUGAUUAUUUUUCAGUCUGUCUUAACACAUAUUGGAUUCUCCAGGGGUCAAGGUUUUCACUUUACCUAUGACUAAAUGCUACUUUUAGAUAAAUAUUCGCCAACUGAUCAUGAACACACCAUUUCAUCACAGAUCUGAUUUGAUGAUACAUUCCAAUACAGUAUAUAUUUUUCUAGUGUGUGCCCCACAGAAAGCUGCUUGCAGGCUUUUCUGCAAUGUUACCUUUUUGUUAUUUAAAGUUCCCUCCACCUGAGAUUGUGUAGAAUGGACUCUAUGGCAAAUGUUUGCAGGAGGUACAAGAAGUAAUCUAAACCGCAUUGACACCACACUAUGUAUACUAGUUAUUUAAAACAAUGAUUUUAGAAUAGUAUCAUAGCUUAGUAACAUAUUUAAGAAAUAAAGUGGCUUUGAAAUGUUAUUUAAGAUAUUUAGGGGAAAGUAUAAUAUCCCUUCAAAUGGCCUGAAAUUCCAUCUUUGUAUAUGGCUGCAUUUACACAAGCAGCCUAAUUUAUAGUUUUUCCAAACAUGUUUUUCAGUUCUGCAUUGGGGCUGUUUGUUUAAAUGUAUCCAUUGUAUUUGUGUUUAAACUGCUGAAAUAGUUAUUUCCCCAUUUGAUAGCAAAAAGCAGGGGUGUCAAGCUCAUUCCAUGGAGGGUCAAGUAUCUGCAGGAUUUCUUUCAAUUAUGCUCCAGGUGUGGAGAGUUCAUUAGUGACCUUAAUUCCUCAAUCAAGGACAAGGGAAGUGCAAAAACCGACACUCAGCCCUCUGUGGAAUGAGUUUGAUACCCAUGGUUUAAAGGAGUGAACAUGUUGAAUGGUCUGUCAUACAAGUCCAAUGUAAUGUGUAGAUUACAUGAAACUAAUAAAGACCCAUCUGGAACAUG